AUGGCCGACUGGGAUGAACAAUGCUAUUUGACACUAAAUAAAGGAUAUGUACAGAAUCAGUUGAGGCAGUUCCUUAAGAUGUAUAAGUCUGGGUUAAUAUUUCGGGCAUUAAAACCUGUUUAUUGGUCGCCUUCUUCCAAAACAGCUUUAGCAGAAGCAGAGUUAGAAUAUGAUCCUCAGUUCAAAAGCAAAGAAGUGUAUGUGAGAUUUCCACUGGAAAAUGUAUCUAACAUAGUCAAAAAUGCUGCUAAAGGCAAGAACAUCUCAGCCAUAAUCUGGACGACCACACCUUGGACGCUAGUGGCAAACCGCGCGAUCUGCUACAAUCCUCAGAUGAAGUACAGCAUUGUGUCUCUCGGUGGAAGACCAGACCUAUUCCUAGUUGCCAGUGGGCUGGUCCAGCAGUUACAGGAGGUUCUGAAGGUGGAAAUUAAUGUGGUUGCCGAGUUUGAUGGGCAAAACCUACAAGGUACAACCUACCAUAACAAGCUAGUGAACCAAUCAUUACCGUUCCUGGAGGGGGACCACGUGACCGACGUGAAAGGGACAGGGCUAGUACACACUGCGCCGGCGCACGGACCGGAAGACUUCCUUGUCGCUUUGAAGAAUAAUAUGACUGUGGAAUGCAACGUAGACGAAUCAGGUCGUUACACCAACUUAGACCAAGAGUUAAAUGGUCUACCAGUGUUAUCUGAAGGUCAGGAGCUGGUGAUUACCAGACUGGGUGAUGACGUCAUGCAUAGAGAUGUGUUUGUCCACUCGUAUCCCCUAGACUGGAGGACGAAGAAGCCGGUCAUCAUCAGAGCUAGCCAGCAGUGGUUCAUCGAUACUGCCGCGUUGAAGGAUAAAGCUUUGGCAGCUCUUGAAAAAGUAGAAAUCCUCCCACCGUCCAGCAGUGACCAGUACCGGCAGGGAUUCAGAGCCCAGCUGGAGAAGAGACCGUACUGGUGUAUAUCCCGGCAGAGGGCGUGGGGGGUGCCUAUACCUGCACUGUAUAAUCGGGAUAGUGUUCUCGUGGAUGAACGCAUCAUAGACAAGCUCUGCACUAUGAUAGAGUCGCGCGGCGCUGACGUGUGGUGGACUUGUGACGUCACUGAGUUACUGCCCGAUGACGUCAUUAACGACCAUAAGUUGGAUGCCCACGAUGUUAGUAAAGGAAAGGACAUAAUGGACAUAUGGCUGGACUCCGGUCUAUCAUGGAGCACCCUGCAUGGUCGCACCGCGCGGUUAUACUCUGAGGGAGUGGACCAGUUGACUGGAUGGUUCCAAGCGUCUCUGCUUACCUCGCUAGCGUUGACUGGGGAGGCGCCUUAUAAGUCAAUAUUCGUCCACGGCUUUGUAGUAGACGACAAGAAGCGCAAGAUGUCGAAGUCUAUUGGCAACGUGAUAGACCCCAUAACGAUCAUUCAAGGCGGGAAGGGGUCUAACCAACCGGCCUAUGGCAUUGAUACUCUUCGAUGGUGGGUAGCAAGCCAUUCAACGCAGCAUUCCCAAAUCGUAGUCAGUAAAAAACUCCUAGACGAUUGUCAAGCAGAACUAAUCAGAAUAAGAAACAUUAUGAAAUACCUCCUAGGCGUAGUUUCGGACGUUCAAAAAGAGGAUUUUUCGAAAAUCCCAACACUUAACUAUUUCGAUAGCUAUAUGGUCAAAGAAUCAAAUAUAUUUGUGAACCAAAUAAAUGAUCAUUAUAAUAAUUUUCGAUAUAACCAUGUAGCACAGAGUAUACUACAUUUUAUAAGCAACAAAGUCUCGGCUUUGUAUUGCCACUGCAUAAAAGAUAGGUUAUAUUGCUCCCAAAAAUAUUCCAACGAACGCCUCUCAGCGCAAUUAGUAGUACACACGAUUCUAGUCUCUCUAUGCAAAGCUAUAGGACCUAUUUUGCCGCAUCUUAUUGAAGAAGUCUGGCAAUAUCAUCCUUUGUAUAAAAAACCUUUUUAUUUUACUCAAGACUUGUCAAUUUUGCCGCCAAAAGACGUAGAUAUGUCAUUGAUGGAUGCCAUAUUGGAUUUAAAGAGAGAAAUAUGUGUUUUAGCGAAGAAUGAAAAUUUGAAGAAGCUUGAAGCUAAUAUAGUAUUAAAUUCCGAUAUUUAUGAUAAGUUAAAUGUUUUAAAUAUAACCGAUGGUGUAAACGAUAGCGUUUUGUGCGAGAUUUUAGAACUGUCAGCUGUCAAGUUGACAGUUCGGCGUUCGGCAAAUGGCGGCAAUAGUUCGCUCGUUGAGUUGUCACAGAGUAAAAAAGGUCAGUGUUUGAGGUGUAGAAAGUAUAAUGUUGUUGAUAAUAGCGAUAAGUGUGUUAGAUGUGAUCAUGUUUUGAGCAAAAUUUAA